AUUGACGUCAUGAGAUGCCAGUUAAUAUGUUAGCAAUUUGUAAGAAAGAUUUCUUUCUGCAAAACAUGUUGGAUAAUCACCACUUUUUGUGAGAUUUUGCUUAAAUUUUGUCCCGGGAAGACCCAAAGAUGGUAUCUUACAUUGUCUCCCGUAUAAUUGUCGUGAGUCUAGGCACUCUCUAUCCUGCUUACAGAUCAUACAAGGCAAUCAGGUCGAAAGACACCAAAGAAUAUGUGAAAUGGAUGAUGUACUGGAUUGUUUUUGCCAUCUUCACAACUGCUGAAAUAUUUGUUGACACAAUAGUUGGAUUUUGGUUGCCAUUCUAUUAUGAGAUCAAAGUUCUGUUCCUAUUUUGGAUCCUGUCACCGACAACAAAGGGAUCAAGUAUUUUAUAUAAAAAAUUUGUCCAUCCAUUCUUCAUACAACAUGAAAAGGACAUUGAUAGCUAUAUUGAACAAGCCAAGGAACAUGGCUAUGGCAAGUUGGUGCAGUAUGGAAAGAAAGGGCUGGAUUUGGCUGCUGAUACCAUGAUGAAAACUGCAAUUUCUGGUCAAGAUGUGCUUGUGCAACAAUUAAGACGUUACAGAUCAGAAAGCUCUCUUGAUGGACUGGGCGAACCUGACCCUCCUACGGAGCGAAUCAGUGAUGAAGUUGAUGCAAGACCAAAUGGAGGAGAUCAGAGACAAAAGCCAAAAGAUAAGAAAACUGCAGAACCUUCAGCAGCGACUGAAACAGUUAGAACAACACAACCAACCACUACAACACAAACAAGCAGGCCUGCUGAUUCAGCCAGGAAGUCAGAAAGCACAAACCUGACAACUCAAAGAACCCAAGCUUCAUCGCUGGAUGAUGUUUAUAUGAGAAGCUCGUUAACAGGAGAUGGUUCACUCUACAAUUCAUCAAGUGCAUCCAGACGAUACUAUGAUGGGACAGAUCAGACAUUAAGAAGUCGUCCGACAAGUAAUUAUUAUGAGGGCUCCUCAACAUUACCAAGAAAUUUUUCCACCAGUAGCUAUGCAGAUUAUUCUACAAGGCCAUAUGAGACAAGCAAUCUACCAUCAGAUUACACCUCGUCCAGCUACCGUUAUGAGUCCUCGACUUUGCCAAGAUCACGUGAUAGUCGUCGCUACAAUACGAGAAGUGGACGAUAUUAGCAAGAACUGAUUAUGGAUCACUAUUUUUGUUGCCCAAGUUUGAUCUAACUUAGUUUGCUUAGAGCUUACGGAAAAUAUUUUUGUAAAAAGACUAAGGUAGGUACUGCAGAGACAGUACCUUAGAGUAAGACACGUUGAAGGUAGGCUGCUAAGCUUCGAACUGAAUGAAAUUAGUCACCUAAUGCUAUCAAACUGUUUCUCUGUUAAAGGUGUAAGUCCAGGAUACAAGGUUAUCCAAUCACCAUUGCACAGUGUGAUGUUUUUACUCAGCUUUUGUGAUAUUAUUAAGAUCUGUAAAAUAUUCCUAUUUUAUUUUGUACUGUUCAAAAUUUUAUACAUUUUGAACAAUGACUUUCUG